AAUGCUUUAUCUCUCUCUCUCUCUCCUCAGGUCAUCUUAAUUCUCUCUAUCUAAAAACAAAUAGAUCUUUUUAGAAGAAUACAAAAUCUUUGCCACCAGAUCCUCCUCAUCUAACAUCUUGUCACAUCACUAUAACUCCCCCGAAACUUUCGACCAAACAAAUAACAAUAAUCAAAAUUUCCUUUCCUCCGAUGAGGUGUAAAAGACACACCGUCGAUUUCACCAGCAACGUCGGCGUCUGCGCUUCUUGUCUCCGCGAACGUCUCCUCUCCCUCGCCGCUUACGCUGCCGCUGAAGACAACAACAAUCGUCGAUCGCGUAAAUCUGACAAACCACCUCCGCUUCUGAUCUUCCCUCGCUCUGUUUCUCCUUACGUAACCAGCAGAAAAUCCGAUGCCGGAGGUGGGGAUAUUCGCCGGUUCCUCGCCGCGCCUCAGGUGGAUCUCGGAUUAUUCUCAUGCAAGGACUUCGAACCGAACCGAUCCUCUAAACCGAGAGGAGUCAAAGCUUCGAGACUCUCUAAUCUAUUCAGAGCUAGUAGAUCUGAAGAUCACGGCUCCAAUCAUAAACCGGUUUCUGUAAAUUACGGUUCGGAUUGUAAACCGGUUUCUAGAUUAUCAUGCGACGGUUCGGAGAGUACUUCUCAUUCUUCGUGGUUCUCUUCCUUUCUCUCCACCGGUCGUUCCAAGAAGCAACCGGAAGACGCAAUCUCCGGCCAUCGUCGACCACAAAGAGUGUUCUGCCGCGGAAUGUCGCCUGCGAGAGAUGAAUACGAGCCAACACCGUCGGGAUCAGUCGAGGAAACGCCGGGGAGAUCGAGAAGAACGCCGGCGGUGAAAACUCCGGGGAGGAGGAGGAUCGCGACGGGGAUGGGUUUCUGUUUGAGUCCGUUGGUGAGAGCUAGACCUCACUGUCCGUUUAGACGGAAAACCAGGUUUCCGUCGGAGGUUGUCGGAAGUGCCGGGGAAGUAACGGUGUUGGAAAAGCCGCAUAUCGCGGAAGCGGCGUCGUUUUGCGCGAAUAGGUCGAAGAAGCUCGUGGAUUUAGGUAGAGUUCAUCACCGCCGUUGAGUUUAUAGUCUGGUCAAUGUUUGACUAGUGGUAAUAGUAAAUGACGUAUGUAUCCUCGUGUUCUAAAGAUUCAUGGAUUUUUUUUUUUUCAGAUUCAAGCUUUUUUUAUUGGGAUAUUGGGUGGUAUAACACCAAAAAAAAAAACAAAAUUCAUUCCCUAACCAAAAUAUCACUCUCUCAUCUAUUUUUUCUUCCUAUCUCUCUCUACCUUCUCCCUAUAAAAUCAAUUUCUCGGCUAUUUCACAAAUAAACCCUUUUUUAUUUGGCUUGUGGUGGUGAAUAAUCGGAAAGAAAGUAGUUAAAAAGUACUUUUUGGUUUUCUUUUAUUUUGUAAUGUGUUUUCUCUUUCGUGAUUGUAAUCUGUAGACUGUUGGAGCAAAGUCUU